AUGGGAAGACGAAACUCUCGCGUGAUCCCCCUCGCGUGGUUGCUGGUGGUGCUCGUCGCGCCACCAGCGUUCUGCCGCGCGCAGAGCUCGCUGUCGCGGGGGUCAUCGCUCUCGGUGGAGCGGGCCUCCGACACUCUGGUCUCGCCGGGGAGGACCUUCUCCUGCGGAUUCCUGAACGUUGGAAUCAACGCCUUCAUUCUCGGCAUCUGGUUCACAGCGGACCCGAACAAGACGGAGGUCUGGUCUGCCAACCGCGAACGGCCGGUCAACGGCCGGGGCUCGAGGCUGUCCCUCCGCAGCGAUGGCGUGCUGGAGCUGACCGACGCCGGCAAGGAGGUGGUGUGGCAAGCCGGCGCCACCGCGGCUGACGGCAAGAGGGUGGAGCUCCUGGAGGAGGGGAACCUCGUCGUGAGGGCCGGCAGCGGCAGCGUACUGUGGCAGAGCUUCGACUUCCCCACGCACACCCUGCUGCCCAGGCAGGCUCUCACCAAGACGACGAAGCUGGUGGCCUCCCUCUCCGGUGGGUCUCCCAACCCCGGCUACUACUUCUUCUUCGACAACGACAACGUCCUCAAGCUCAUGUACGACGGCUCCGAGGUCUCAAGCAUCUACUGGCCGAGCCCCGACCGCAGUGUGUUCGAGAACGGGAGGACCCCGUACAACAGCAGCCGCCGGGCGGUGCUCGAUGAGACCGGAAGGUUCACCUCGAGCGAUCUCUACUCCUUCAACGCCUCCGACGCCGGCGGUCGGAGGAGCAGGAGGCUGACCCUCGGCCAUGACGGCAAUCUCAGGUUGUACAGCCUGAGCGAGGCCGGGGGCUGGUGGCAGGUCACCUGGGAGGCCAUGCCACAGCUCUGCAACGUGCACGGGCAAUGCGGCCGCAACGGCAUCUGCGUCAACACGCCGGAGGCCCGGUGCUUCUGCCCGCCGGGGCACGAGAUGAAGCUUCCCGGAGAUUGGAAGAAGGGAUGCCGGCGCACGGUGGAGGUCCCCUGCGGCAAACCUGGGGGCGUGAAGUUCGUAGAGAUCCCCAACACGGACUUCUACGGCUUCGACCUCUCCGGCUUCGCCAACAAAGUGUCCUUCGAGACCUGCAAGAAAAGGUGCGAGGAGGACUGUAACUGCAAUGGCUUCGGCUAUAGGUUGACCGGAGAGGGCAGGUGCUAUCCGAAGGGCAUCCUCUUCAACGGGUACACCUCUCCGAACUUCCCGGGCAGCAUCUUCCUGAAGCUUCCGCUGGGCCUGGACGUCGCGCAGACCCUCGUCUCCGACGAGGCGGGCACCGCCUGCAACUCCACCAGGGACGACGCUCGGGCUCCGCUGCCUCCGGUGGACCUGUACGCGAGGAAGGGAGGCCUCAGAUGGGCCUACGUCUAUGCGUUUGUGGCGGCGCUGGGACUGAUAGAGCUCUUGUUCAUGGCGACGGGCUGGUGGUUCGUCUUCGGGCACCAGGCCUCGCGGAGGUCCACGGAGGAGGGCUACCGCCUGAUGACCAGCCAGUUCAGGAAGUUCACGUAUCGGGAGCUGAAGAAGGCAACCGACAACUUCAAGCACGAGCUAGGCCGGGGCGGCGCCGGCGCGGUCUACAGAGGUGUCCUCGACGACAAGCGGGUGGCGGCGGUGAAGAAGCUGGACAACGUGACGCAGGGGGCGGAGGAGUUCCAGGCAGAGAUGAGCCUCAUGGGGAGGAUCUACCACAUGAACCUGGUGACGGUCUGGGGCUUCUGCGCGGAGAGCUCCCACCGUCUCCUGGUCUCCGAGCUCCAGGAGAGGGGCUCGCUGGACCAGGUCCUCUUCCCCAGAAAAGGCGGAGCCUCCGCCGCCGCCGUGGCGGCGGCGCCGCUGGAGUGGGAGAAGAGGUUCAAAAUCGCGUUGGGGACGGCCAGAGGGCUGGCCUACCUCCACCACGAGUGCCUUGAGUGGAUCGUCCACUGUGACGUCAAGCCGGAGAACAUCCUCCUGGACGAGGACUUCGGGCCAAAGAUCGCCGACUUCGGGCUGGCCAAGCUUCUGCAGAGGGGCACCUCUGACGGCCAUAUCACGCGAAUCAGGGGGACCAAGGGUUACAUGGCGCCGGAAUGGGUCCUGAACCUCCCCGUCACCUCCAAAGUCGACGUCUACAGCUACGGCGUGGUGUUGCUGGAGAUCGUCAUGGGGAGGAGGGUCUCCGACGUACCGGCUGGGGAGGAAGAAGACGUGACGGGGGUGAGUCGGCUACUCGGCGGAAUAAAGAGAGCGAUGGACGGUGGCGGCGACGGCCAGUGGGUCGACGACUACGUCGACCCGAGGUUGGGAGGGAAUUACAACAGGAAGCAGGCGGCGGUGAUGCUGGAGAUUGCGGCGUCCUCCAUGGAGGCCGAUAGGACCAAGAGGCCGUCCAUGGAUUCCGUGGCCGAAACUUUACUGUCUUGUGACAACAACAAGACAGGGAAUCGACAUGAAAGACAACAACAUGAAUAA